AUGUGGGCCGCUCUCAGGUGGCGGCCGGGGCUCCAUCUGGGGCUCCUGAGUGGUGUCCGAGGUCUGCACAGCUCGCCUGUGUCCUGUGGCAAGAACCUGCUCAAGAAAUUUGCUUCGAAAACCAAGAAGAAGUUCUGGUAUGAAGGGCCUUCCUUGGGCUCUCACUUGACCCACAAGUCAUCCCAGUUGGAGUUCCUGACGAAGUGCACCUCUCGGAGAACCCGGAAGGAAGACCAGGUGCGCCUGAGGGCCCUGAACGGUCUCCUCUACAAAGCGCUCACAGACAUGCUCUGCACCCCUGAAGUGAACCAGGAGUUGUGUGACCUGAACGUGGAGCUCUGCAAGGUCUCUCUGACUUCAGACUUCUCUGCCUGCCGUGUCUUCUGGAGGACGACCCUCUCUGAGGCUCAGAACGCACACACGGAGGCCGUCCUGCGGAGAAGUGCUGCGCACAUGAGGCAUCUUCUGAUGUCUCAGCAGACCCUGAGGAACGUGCCGCCCAUAGUGUUCGUUCAGGACGAAAAAUAUGCUGCUGUGAUGGAGAUUGAUCGGCUACUGGCAAUUGCUGAUUUUGGACCCCGGGAUGAAAAAGAAGACUUUGUGCAAAGUGACUUCAGCGACCCCGAGACCCUGGAUGUGGCUUUGCCAAGUGAUACCCUGGGCCCUGCUGCACACUUCAACCUGUGUGGGAUUGACCAUGAGGCACUCAACAAGCAGAUCCUGGAGUACAAGAGGAGGAGAGAGAAAGGGCGCAGGAGUGCGGGGCACCUGUGGCCAGAGCACAUGGCUGACCUGACGAAGCAGAUGAGGAGGAGGAAGGCCAAGCCCCAUGUGGACAACGACCUCUCUCCCAAGAACUGUCUGCAGGGUGGGGAGUGA